AUGCUAAAUGCCAAACAAAAUUCAACGAAUGUUCCAAAUAAAUCUAUGAGUGGUAAUGCUCGAUAUAAUUAUGGUCAUUAUAUCAACAUUGGUUUCAGUGAUUUCGAAUUCGUUCAAUCGAAGAAACGCGAGAUCGAACUUGAACAAAAAUAUGAUCUAUCUGCUGUAUUACUGCAUUGGCAACGAUCAGCAAGUGUCGUAAAAGCUGUAAAUUAUUUACUUGAAUCUAAUCUUUUCAAAGAAAUUAUCAUUUGGAAUAAUAAUCCAAACAUAAAUCUUGGAAAAACUAUAUUUGAAAAAAAUAACCAUUCCUUAGAUUCUAUUCGUAUAAUCAAUUCAAAAGAGAAUCUCAAAGAUGAAGCUAAAUAUCGUGCAUGUGCUCAAGCAAAAACUAUUGCUUGCUUCUAUUCUGAUGAUGAUUGGGAUACAUCAUUCCCUCUGAAGAGCCUCAUAGCUGAUUUUCGAACUGAUCCCUAUGUCUUACAUUCUGUUACUGAUCCAUAUACAUUCUAUACAAAUUUGAUGUGGACUUAUUUUGAUAAUGAAAUUAAUUUACAUACUGGUUUUUCAUGGAUUGGUUGCGGAAGUAUUUUCUUACGUGAAUAUGCUCAACGACAUCUUCAAUAUUUACAAAUCUAUUUGAAAGAUCAUCGUAAUUUGAUUUACCUUAGUGAUGUAUUUUUUUCUAUUUGGCUCAAUGAUAUUCCAUCACAGUUCAAUAUGAAUAUUCGUCAUUUGCCUGCAAGUAGUACUGAUGCAUCAUUUUCAUCGAUACUGAAAUUCUUACAAUAUCAACAUGAAAGUUCAAUUUUAGCUAUUCGUAUUUUAGAAGAUAAUCUACGUCAAAAUCAAUCGAAUGAUACAAAUCAUAUAGGAUUUUCACGUCGAAAAAAUCGUCAUUUUCCAUAUUGUAUCAAAUCAUCAAAUCCAAAAGAUGAAUUUAUAUUUUAUACUAAUAUUCUUCGAAUUGAUACUGAAAGAAUUCCAUUCAAUAUUUCAAAAGAUUUUGAACAAGGUACACGACACAAUCUA